CACGUGAAACUGGAGUCACCGCCGGUGUCCCCGUGAAAGUCCGCCGUGUGGAAACCACGUCCUCCUCCGCGCUUAGCGCCCGCGCGCUGUCAUUCGUCCAAGAGAAGCCAGCCGGUGCGAUCGUGUCGCUGGUGGAGUGGAGCAUUGAGAGCCGCAUGUAAAUGAACCCCCUCCGCCGCCGUCACCUGAGGAGCUAGACGGCCGGAUUGCGCGCGCCUUGCUCCUCCGUCGACGAGCAGCUUCCAGUGAUUGAAGGGUCCGGAGAGAUCAGGCGGCGCUCCGGAGCGAACGCUGCCCGCUAAUCGCUGCUGUUCGCCGCUGCUGCGUCGCUACCCCUCGCUUCUUUGUGAUGUGGAAGUCGUAACAGAGAAGACCUCCUCUUUUGACUGAUCAGACGGCAGAGCAACAGCCGGCUACAGAUUGUAGAAGUUCCUCCAGGGAUUAAGCAAGUGCCAGACAUCAGAGCAGUGCCUCUCUGCCUCCCCCUGCUGGCCAUGUGGAGUGUGAGCGCAGCCGUGCUGGCUCUCGCUGCCCUCAGCGCCGCAGACUCGGACCCGCAGCGGCCGCGCCACGACUCCAACCUGGAGAUCUAUAAGCGGCUCUUCGAGACGAAGAGGAAGGACCAGCUGAACGCUCUCAAGAACCUGGUGGAGCUGAACGACAUCAACCAGCAGUACAAGAUCAUAGACAUCAUGCUCAAAGGCCUCUUCAAGGUGUUGGAGGACUCCAGACAGGUUCUGGUGGCGGCCAACUUGCAGCCUAACGAUCCCUUCCCCAUGGAUGACAAAAUCAAAGAAGCCUAUUCCCACAUCGUGGAGAACACAGCCUUUUUCGGUGACGUGGCGCUGCGUUUCCCGCGUAUCGUCCACCACUAUUACGACCGCAACGCCGACUGGGGGGGCCUGCUGCGCUGGGGGCUGAACUUCUGCAACCAGACGGGAGUCUUCACAGGGGGAGCCCAUCAGCACGUCCUGACCCUCAUGUCGCAGGAGCUGGGCAUAACGGAGAAAUCCCCAGACUUUAUAAACCCCUACCGCACAGAGAGAGACGAUGUCCUCCACACAGCCGAAGCGUUCCAAAAAAUCCUCAGAGAGGAGGAGAAGAGGAGGAGGAAGGAAGAAAAGAGGAAAGAGAUCAGGAAAGGUCCUCGCAUCUCCCGCUCUCGCUCCGAGCUAUAACGGCGCAUUCCUCCUCCUGAGGAGCAGAGUAAAGGAGAACAGGAGCGAGAGCGCGGUCCACGAGCAGCAGACAGGGAGGACGGCGAGCAAAACAGAGGCCGCUGUCGCUGAAACAAAAGCCAGACGCUGCGGUGUUAACGGGAGAAAAAUCCUCAAUGUGACCAAACAAAAAAAAAACGGGGUCAAGAAAGUUAUUCAGGGUUUGAACGGCUGAGGUUUGAACCAUCGGCUGACAUUUAGAAUUGGAGAAUUUAAUUGAGGCAAACAAAGGAAACACAUUUCUGAACACAGGAGGAUUAUCUAAGUGAACUUUGGAGUUGUAUUUAACAGCAGUGGUUUCGGGAGUUUACUUGAAACUUUGAUAAUCCAAAAUGUACCGUCCGGUCUAGAUGCAGCGUGUGUGUGUGUGUGUGUGUGUGAAACCCAUACGCUUUAUAAAUGUGUGAAUGCAUACAUACAUUCCUCUGGUUUAGGUUUAGUUCAAACAUGUUUGUUAAUGAAGAAAACGUUCCUUGAAGGAUACUCUUCUGAUGGGAUCUCGUAUAACUUUGCCUAUAAAUGUUUAUUUGUUUUUCUUAGUUUCUCAUCAAAACAAAAACAUUUUUUGUCUUGGAUUUAUUUUGCAGUAUGUAACUUUCUGUUGCCUCUCCUUGUUUCCAUUUGCUGGGACUUCAUGUACUUUAUGGUUGAAGCGUUAAUGUAAAUUUAUGACUGUUAGAAGUAAAUGUAUAUUCAGAGAAGGAAUAUUAUUGCUGCAGAAUAAAUAAGCCAUUUUGUAAAAACUAUAAACGAAAUAAAGCGACUCUGAUAUCUUUAACCUAAAA